GUAUUCCCCCGGAUAAAACACCCGCCGGAAUUAAUCACCCAUGGGUGGUUUGGGCGGACCUGGGUGCUUAAUUAAACUGGAUAUUCAUACCACCCUAGUUUUUGGCAUGAAACCUAUACACCACCCCCCUGGUUCAUUUUCAAUGGAGUUCUGUAGAUUUUGCCUCUUAUCAGAGUGUCUCUUAUCAGACUCGCGCGUCACUGAGCAGUGCAAGCUAGACGCGAAGUGGUUCAAUGCGGUGUAGAACUGUUACCAUGCCUAGAAU